GCACUGUUUAGUCGCCAUCUUACAGAUUGACAGUUACAAAAUGAUUAUUACAAUACAUUGCUAAUAAUUCUGUGUUUUUUGUUGUUAUUAUUAAAAUUCAAGUUUCAAAAUGCCGAAAGCAGUAAAAAGUGCUAAAAGACAAGCUAUUAUUGAAGUAUAUGCAUUUUGUGAAAGAGAAAAGACUCAAAAGAACUUGAUUAUUCCAUUAGCGCAAGUUCGUGCCCGAGUUGCCGCUAUGACCAAUGUAUCUGAAGCCACUGUAACAAGAAUUUUGAGACAAGAAAGAGAUAACAGUUCCUUUUGUAAACCUGGACCAUCAAGAGUACCUACACCUGGAAAAAAGCGCCCAAACCGGGCUAUGAAUAUCAAUCUUGAUCAAUUUGAUCUCUGUGCAAUAAGACAUAAAAUUAUGUCAUUUUAUUCUGUGCGGAAAGAAAUUCCAACAUUAAAUAAAUUACUUGUGGAAUUGCGGAAAGAAAUUAAUUUUGAAGGUGGACGUACAACACUAUGGAAAAUAUUGAAACGUCUAGGAUAUAAAUAUAAAAGCGGGCAAUCCAACCGAAAAGUUUUAAUAGAGCGCACUGACAUAGCUGCCUGGCGAUUCAAUUACUUAAAUCAAAUUAAAGAAUAUCGAGCUGAGGGGCGGACUAUUGUGUAUUUAGAUGAAACAUUCAUUUAUUCUUUGAAAGGGGCAAAAGUAUCUGAAACUUCAGAGUUUGAAGAUGGUGUAUUGAUUACAGACACUGGUACAGCAAAACGAUGGAUUAUUGCACAUGCUGGAACUGCACAAGGAUUUAUUAAUAAUGCACUAUUGUUAUUUAAAUCACAAACCAAAUUGUCUGACUAUCAUGGUGACAUGAAUAGUGUCAAGUUUAUAGAUUGGCUUGAGAAUCAAGUUUUGCCAAACCUGCUGCCUAAUUGUGUAAUUGUUAUGGACAAUGAACCAUAUCACACUAUCCAGAUCAAUAAAGUGCCUAAUAUGUCAAGCUCAAAAACUGAUAUGAUAGAGUGGUUAUAUAACAAGGGGUUGCCAUUUUCACCAAAUGUAUCAAAAACUGUUUUAUACAAAUUGAUAAAAGAAAACAAACCAGAGCCCUUAUAUAAAGCUGAUGAAUUAUUGAAAGCACAUGGACAUAUUGUUCUAAGGCUGCCUCCACAUCAUGCAGAUUUAAAUCCCUUAGAAUUAAUAUGGGGUGUGAUGAAAAGACAACUUGCAGAAAAGAAAGUUGGUCAGACAGAUGGUCAAGUUGAAUCACUUAUAAAAGAAACAUUUGACACAGUGAACGAUGAUUUAUGGGAAGAAAAGUGCUCAUUAGUUAUAAAAACUGAAGAAGAUUACAGAGAGAAAGAUAAAAUAAUAGAUGAAGCAAGUGAUAACUUUAUGUCGUGGGUUAGCAGUGGCAGUGAAGAAAGUGACAGUGACAGUGAGCUUUCAAGUAACAAUGAAGACAGCCAUAAUAUGAUUCCUAGGCACCUUUUUGAUCAUACUUAUUUACCGAAAGAAGCUUUGAGUUAACUUAUAUGAACAGCAUUUUGUCAUUUGUGGCGUAUUUUGCUGUCUGUCUCGCUGUCGGUCUGUUUGUCUGUCUUCUGUCUGAGAGUUCCUUCAGUAAAAACUGGCUGUGGUUUACCCAAAAAACUAUUUUUGUUUCACAGAUAAGUCUCAGAGACAGUACAUAAUGUACAUGUUGUAUAAUUUAUUAAUUUAAAACACUGACAUAAUAAGAAAUGGACUUCGGGUUAGCGAUCAUAACCGUCCGAACCAAAAGGGUAUGAAAACAAUUGAUAAUGAUUGUAGUGAUUUGUUUUUAAUUCUAUUAUUUUUUUUUCUUCUAUUUGCAUAUGGCAAACCAUUGUAGCUCGGUCGCGACGAGAAGAAUAUUUUGAUCCGAAAGACGGCGGCAACAGUAUUUGCAAUAUUUUUUAAAUUUAAAAAAAAUUUACUACCAUAGUUAGUUUAUAAUUUGGUAGUAAAUUGAUAACACGUAUAAAAUACGUGUCAUUAGAACAAAAUUAUGUUUGUAAUAAUAUGUAUGUAACAUGACAUUUAAAAGAGAGUUGCUCCAGAGUUUCUUGCACCACUUCUACUCUAAGACCCCUUACGAAUACAAGCAGCCUUUUCCGUUGUUUGUUACUGUUUAGAAAAAAUAAAUAUAUGAUGACAUCAGCUUUUUGCCAGUGAUAUUCCUGCCAAAAUUAGUCCAGCUGUUUUGGAGAUGAGCCGGAAGAAGCAGACAGACAGAGAAAUUUCAAAAAUGUUAUGUUGUAAUUUAUUAUACUUUCAUGAGCAUUUAGUAAAAUGCUGUUAUUUUGACAUUACAAAUAGACUCUUUUAUUUAUAUAGAUUAAACCAAACCACGAAUAUUCGAAUUUCCCGCAGGAAAUUCCAUAAGGCUAAGAUAUGUCUGAUCUUCUAGAUAAGGGAUUGUCUGAACUGAGGUCGCUAGAGCCUUGGUACAUAUCUAAAUAUUCUGCAUCAGGACCAGGCUCAACAGUUAUAUUCAAGGACAAAGCGGAUGUUUACCCACGGUUCGACGAACUUAAAAGAUGAACCCUUAUUUUGAUUGCGAAUACGUGGACGCAGCAGAGGAUUGCAAUUAUACUUUUUAUUGUUCUGAGGCUGCCUCCACAUUAUGCAGAUUUAAAUUCUUUAGAAUUAAAAUGGGGUGUAAUGAACAGACAACUCGCAGAAAAGAAAGUUGGUUAGACAUAUGGUCAGGUUGAAUAAGUUAUAAAAGAAACUUUUGCCAAAGUGAACGAUGAUUUAUGAAAAAAAGUGCUCAUUAGUUGUAAAAACUGAAGAAGGUUACAUAGAGAAACAUAAAAUAAUAGAUGAAGCGAGUGAUAACUUUUUCAUGAAGAUUCAUGGACAACACGGAUGUUUACUCACGGUUCGUCGGAUUUAGAAGACGAACCCUUAUUUUGAUUAGGAACACGUGGACGUAGCAGAGGAUAGCAGUUAUAUUUUUACGGAUGCUCUUGUUCUCAAAGCUAGAGUUGCAUCCUUUGGACAUGUUGAUUCAGUGUCAGAAGUGUCAGUGUUUCAGUUUGGAUAUGGAAUAUAAAGAGGAAAUAAAUUGCACAAAACAGAUUUUCCUGGUUCUCGCAGAUUACAGCAAAUUAAGCUUAAUAUUCGUCGUGGAAUUCCGCAAAGUAACGCGUGCUUCUAUCGAAUACGUUUUUCGUAUUAUCUGUAAAAUUAUUCCUGUCCAAAUAAAAACCCAAUUUCAAUAUAAGUACUUUGGUUCACUUUAAACUGAUAAAAUAAUAACACUUUUACUGAUA